AUGGCUACUACAUCAAUCACAUCCGACAUAACAGGUCAAUGCAAAGUAAAUCUUGUCAUUCUUGAUCACUUUUACAAGCAAGUUAAUCUUUCAUUGUUACCAGAUCUUUGUGCAGAUAUAAUUGUUGGACAUGAUAUUUUGAAAAACCAUGCAAGUAUUAAAGUAGUCUUUGGUGGCAACAAGUCACAACUAACCGUAUGUAGCGUGGCAGCCUCAACUGUAGAACCGGUAUCUUUGUUUUCUAAUUUAAAACCGGAAUGUAAGCCAAUCGCUAUCAAGUAUCAUCGUCAUAUCACCGAUGAUUUAAAGUUUAUUGAAAACGAAGUAAGUAAAUUGCUUAAAGACGAUGUUAUAGAGCCUAGUAUGUCUCCAUGGAGGGCUCAAGCAUUAGUAGUUACUACUGAAAAUCAUAGAAAAAGAAUGGUCAUUGACUACUCCAGGACUAUAAAUCGUUUUACAUUACUGGACGCUUACCCACUACCUAGAAUCGAUGAUAUCGUUAACAAAGUUGCAAAUUAUGAGUUUUUCAGUACUAUCGACUUGAAAAGUGCGUACCACCAAGUAAAGAUAAGAAAUGAAGAAAAGCACUAUACAGCUUUUGAGGCCUGUGGUCAACUCUACCAGUUUAAGCGUAUCCCGUUUGGGGUCACUAAUGGGGUGGCAGCAUUCCAACGUGUAAUUGACCAAGUCAUCCGAACAGAACAGUUACAAGACACUUACGCCUAUCUUGAUGAUGUCACAAUCUGUGGAAAAACACAAGAACAACACGAUAUAAACUUAAAAAAGUUUAUCGAAGCUGCAUCCAAAUACAACCUAACGAUUAAUAAUGAGAAGUCUUCAUUUUCACUGACCCUUGGUAUGUUUUCACAUUAUGCAUCACUUAUACCAGAUUAUGCUACCAAAGUGAUUCCACUUGCGCGUACUACAUUCCCUUUGUCCAAAGCAGGGCUCCAGUCUUUCGAAACUAUAAAAAGUGAAAUCAUCAGAUCUGUAGUAAGCUGCAUUGACCCUGAAGCACAGUUCAUCGUAGAAACUGAUGCAUCUGAGAGUACCAUUGCUGCUACUUUGACUCAAUCAUACCGUCCAGUCGCAUUCUUUUCAAGGAUACUUUCUCCAGCAGAACAUAGACAUUCAAGUGUCGAAAAAGAAGCACAAGCUAUUGUGGAAGCACUGCGGAAAUGGCGUCACUAUUUGGUUGGUAAACAUUUCAAGCUGAUUACUGACCAGAGGUCGGUUUCUUUUAUGUUCGAUAACAACCGUCAUGGCAAAGUGAAAAAUGAAAAGAUAGGCCCGCUGCCUUCAUCAAGUCGAAACCGUUACUUAUUAGUAAUAGUAGACGAGUUUUCAAGGUUCCCUUUCGCUUUCCCUUGUUCAGACAUGUCGUCGUCAACAGUUAAGUCGAAACUAAAAACAUUAUUUUCUACUUUUGGGGUUCCUAGUUACAUACAUUCGGACAGAGGAACAUCAUUUAUGAGCCAAGACUUAAAAAGCUACUUGAACUCACUUGGAAUCUCAACUAGUAGAACCACUGCGUACAAUCCAGCAGGUAAUGGGCAAGUUGAAAGGUAUAACGGCAUUGUAUGGAAAACAAUUGAACUGGCGUUGAAAUCACUUAACUUAGAAAUAAACCAAUGGGAGACAGUUUUAGAGGAUGCCCUCAGCUCAGUGAGAUCAUUACUUUGUACAGCCACAAAUCAAACUCCUCACGAGCGUAUGUUCUUACAUCCACGUAGAUCUGGGAACAAUGGUGUUUCAGCUCCUUCAUGGCUUCUCAAUUCCGGCCCUGUCUACUUGAAGAGAUUCAAUCGUACGUCCAAGUAUGAGCCCCUUGUUGAAGAGGUCCAACUUCUUCACGGGAAUGCCGAGUAUGCUCAUGUUAAGUUGCCUGACGGAAGAGAAACUACCGUGUCUACACGUCAUCUUGCUCCGGUUGGUGAGUACCAAACCGACAUAGAGCAAACAGAUUUUGAGAGUGAUGAAAAUAUUCUAUUACCCACUUCUCAACCUGAAUCUGAAUACUUUCCUAGUCCAUCAUCAACAGAGAACCAAGAAGAUGAAAUGAAUACUACUGCCGAGAAUUUACAACCUAGACAAGAAGCUUCUAGAGGAGAGAACCAUAACACAUAUCUGAGAAGAAGUUUCAGAAGCAGAAGACCUCCUAAUUAUUUAAAUGACUACGUUCAUUAA